GUGGGCCUGCCGUGCGCCGGGAGGGACUCGCUACUUAGCCGCCGAGUUCCCCGGGUGACUUGGCGCUGUGGGGAACGGAGUGGCCCCUAAGAGACGCGACGCAGAGCACCAAGCGGCAACGGUUUAACUCGGCCGGGCCGGGCCGGGCACUCACCCCGAAGCUCAGGCUCAUCUUUCAGCAACACAGAAGUCACCCAAGGCCAAGAGAGUGAGGGGCUCCCCAGUGCUCUCUGCCUAGCCCUAGGCUGAAGUAAACAGAAAUGCCCAAUAUGGCCAACUCAUUGUCUGCCAGUGACUUUGUACCAAAGAAGAAAAAGAAGUUAGGUGGACGUGAGAGGAGUGAGGCCAUGCCCACUCCCUUUCUUUCUCCAGUGCUUUUUGAUCAUUCCUCAUUUCCUUCUGAGACUGCUGGAAAUGAGGAUGUAGAAAAUAGUAAGGUUUGUGUAAAGAAAUCCAAGAAGAGGAAGAAAGAAUGCAGAGAGGGAUUUGAUUCCCAGUUGGUUCCAUGUUCAGUUGUGGAGCAGAGUGAGCUGGACAUCGAGACUGGCGUGGAUGUUUCCCUGCACAAGAAGAAGAAGAAGAAGAAACAUAAGCAUAGUGAGGAAGAUGUUGGAGAUAAGCUUUAUGUCGCUGAGAUGCCAGAACAGGCCAGCAAUUCACCAAAAGAGGACAACUUGAGGAACAUGGACUGUAUUUAUGAAAGCACACCUUUAAAGAGGAAGAGGAAGAAGAUGCUCGAUGGAGGGGAAAGCGGUGGGCCUGCUGAAAAUCAGGAUGUAGAAGAUGGUCAGAUUCAUGCAAAGAAAUCCAAGAAGAAGAAGAAGAAAGCAAGCAGGGAGAGAUCUGACUCCCAAUUUGUCCCAUCUUCAGUUGGGGAGGAGAGUGAGCUGAACAGUGGGACUGGAACAGAUAUUUCCCUACAGAAGAAGAAGAAGACAAAGAAGAAGAAACAUAAUCAUAGCAAACAAGGUGAUGGAGAUCAGCUUUAUGUCACUGAGAUGCCAGAACAGGCCAGCAAUCCACCGAAAGAGGACAGCUUGGAAAACAUCGGUUGCAUUUAUGAAAGUGCAUUAAAAAAGAAGAGAAAGAAAAAGAAGUCUGCAGAAAUAUGGUUACCAGAGCAGGCUGAGGCCAGUGGCAAAUUUUGGGGGGAUAGAAAUGGCCGAAAAAAUUCCAAGAAGACUCGGAAAGACCCUAGUGAUACAGUGGGCAUGCAGGUGGACGUCUCUGCGUCCCUUAUCUCCUCCUCGACAGUGCAGCUGUCUGAUCUUUCUCAGGAGGAGAAACAUGGGGUGUCAGACACUGAAGUGAAGAAGCAGCGGCGGCGGAAGCAUAAAAAAGCUUCCCAGGUCAAUGGUUUGGACGGUGCCAGCAAUGACUUGAUGUUGAAACAAGAGCAGGAUUCUCUGCUUCAGGCGGCCACCUCAGAAGGUGCUGACGGGUCGCCAAGCCCCCUGCAUCCUGAUGAGGAAGAAGCUUCAGAAGCAGGUUCUCUGGAUCAUCAGGAUCUUGAAGCGGCUGCCCAGGAGCUGGAAGAGUUCAUUCCUCACGUGCGAAGCCUUGCCUUUGAAACGGUCAGGCAGCUGGCGUGCCGAGACCUAGCCAGGUUUAGGAAAUUUAAGGAACAAGGCAUUGCAGUGAAGUUUGGCCCAUUUUCCCAGAAAGAGAAUGACUUGCUGAAAAGAAACAUUGAGAACUUCCUGGAAGAAAGUGGAAUAGAGAGCGCCGAGAAACUCUUGUUCUCUUACCGGUUUCCUGAGGAAAAAGCAGCCAUCAACAAAUUGAAAAGCGAACGCUUGUUUGGGGUCAAGAUUGCUGAAGGAAUCCCACGGCCCUGGAGGCAUGUCUACUAUCGGGCAAGGAAGAUGUUUGACCCUCAGAAUUACAGUGGAAAAUAUACUGAGGAAGAGAAGAAGAAGCUGAAGGCCUACCAAGCCAUUCAUGGCAACAACUGGAAAAAGAUUUCCCAGCUAAUGACUCGAAGCAGCCAUUCGGUCGCAUGGAAAUUUUCUCUGAUCAAGGAUGAAACCAAUUGUGGCCCAUGGAGUCGAGAAGAGACCAACAGUCUGGUUCGUGCUGUCGAAGAAGCCCUGCGGUCUAAAGUGAAAAGGUCGAAUUCUGCCAGAGAGAAGGUGGUCUCUGAGCAGGCGCUCACGGUGACACGCGAAGAUCUUUACAAGGGCAUCCCGUGGAGUCAAAUCGAGGCCAAGGUGCAAACCAGGAAUUGGAGGCAAUGCAAGCAGCGGUGGCUUUCUAUUGUGACCCAGAGGAUGUCCCGAGGGCGAACAAAGAGUCAGGGAUAUGAAAAUCUGCAUUUCAAGAUCAACCUCAUUGAAAGGUUGUAUGAGCUGAAAGCUGAGGACUCCAGCGAAAUCAAUUGGGAGGAACUCUCCGACGUGAUUGGAAACGUCCCACCAUCCUACAUCCAAAGCAGAUUUUACAAAAUGAAAGUUCAGUACGUCCCUUCUUGGAAGAAAAAGGACUUCCCAGAAAUUAUUGAUUACCUUUACAAAGAGACACUGCCAAAGCUAAAGGAGGUCUAUGAAAAGAGGGGAGAAAAUCAGACAUCGAGUAGGCAAGAGGAAACAUUCAAAACGGCCUUCCAGUUCAGCGACAUCUUCCAGAGGUAUAAUGAUGAAGACAUUCUGCUCUCUGAAGAAGACGACGAGUAGGCGAACAGAGGUUCCGCUGAAAUUGCUGACUGGGAUCCCGCAGAGCCCCUUGAGUUUCGAUUCCUACUAUUGACUUGAAGAAGAAAACAGGUGUUUGACAUCAAAGGAGAACGAGCCGGAGCUUUCUCUCCGGGGAUAUUGGACUCCUGCUUCUUGGAAUGUACCUUGUCUUGAAGGGGCAGGUUGGUUGCUGACCAUCUGCUGGUGGAAAAUUUGCAACGGAAGGUGGUAGCAACCGCUCAUGGAUGAUGGGUGCUGUUUUUGGAGGGACCGCCCCAGCAUUGGGAUGGGUCUUCCUAGAGGCACCCCCCCCCAUGCCUGCACCAAGAUGCGGCUCUGUGUAAGUUUCUGUCACGACAGAAACAGAAUGAGCAAUCGUGGCUCGCCGAGAUGCCUUUUGCAGACGUGAUAGCAGAGCUGUUGUGAAUAGCGGGAAAGAGGAGCGGCCUGGACGCCCAGUGCUGAGGGGGUUGUGGAUUUUGCAUCCCGCCUCCAUCUCUCCAAGGAAGUUUCUGCCUGGCCUCUUGGACUCUCCAUGACCCCACGGGCUGGAGCCAGGGUGGGCCACCGUGGGCACGCUGCCCCUCUUUAAAAAAAACUGUGACAUUUGAAACACCCAUUUGGAAGCCUUUUGACCCUUUUUGUGGCUCAGGCAAGCUGGUCUUGACGCCAUCGGGUGCCCUGAAGCUACUCUGGACACAUUUUUUUUUUCAAAAUCACGUUUACUUUUUCAGCAGCUCUGUCUUGGAGCUGAAGCACAGACAAAAUGUUCUGGGCCAGACCUGGCUUGCUUUUCUUCCAGCCAAGGGGGGAGACGUAGGCAAGAGAAACCCACUCCUUUCCGACAGGGUUAAAACUUCAGGGCCAAGUAGGAAUUGGUGUUCUUCUCUCAUUAUGGUUUUUGCUGCCCCCUGCUUUUUGGCAGGGAUAUAAAUUAGCAUAAGGUGGGAAUGAUUGGUAUUUUGCAUGCUCUGUUGGUUGCGGUCUACCCUGGGUUGUUCAUUCGGGUGAGCAGCCUUCCUGAUCCCUUCUGCCCUUCAGAUGUUUGGGGCUACAAUUUCUCUUGUCUCCAGCAGGGUGGAGCAUUCAAGAGUUCACAUCAGCCCCGUAGGAAUCCAUGCCAGAAAUGAAUCAUGACUUGACUCGCUCAUGUGGAUUUUGCCAGGUGCAGCGUUCAACCAGCUUUGUCUGAUUCUGUCCCGGUCUUGGCUGCCUUAGAUGUUUGAUUUGCUUUUUUCCUGCCAAGCAAAGCCUGGCAGAACCUAUGCCAGUUGUGACUUGGUCUUCUCUUGGGUCCCGCCCCCCAUGCCUCCCUCCCCAGGGAUCCUCUGAGGAGCCCACAGGAGACUAUGAAGCAAUCGGUCUUGUGCUUGGAAAGUACCAGUUUGGGGAAGAUGGUUUUAUGAUCAUCCAAGCAGGUAUUAGACAAGGAAUGCUGCUUUUCUAACUUGCUCCAAGCAGAGGUGGAAAUACAAUAUAUCUACAUUGAGUCUUGGCCAUAUCACUUGCUACUUAGAUAUAUUCAGCUCCUCCCUUUUGCCUGUGCUUCUGGCAGUAGGUUCUACAGUCCCUCUGCCGUGCAUCACUCACUGUACCCAACAAUCCUUAAACGGGGGUUGUCCAGGUACAAACUGGAACGUUUUGCUCCCUUCUUGGGUAAUGCAGCUCCCGCCCUGGGCAAGAUGGAGGUUUCGCUGAUGCAACACGAGGCAUGCUUUCAGGUGGGCAACCUGUUGCCCUCUGGCUUUUUUCACCACAACUCCCAUCAGCCCCAGUGGUUGCUCAGGACUGUACCAGCUUGCCUGCUCCAGUUCAGAGAGAGAGAGUCCAUCUCCAGGGAAGAGCGAAAGAGCCAGCAUGCUAGAAAUAUUUCUGUGUGUGCGUGUGAGGGGGAGAGAGCAUGUGAACGGAUUGCUUAAAGGUCCGCCUCUCUCUCGUGCUUCUACGGGUGCCACGAUGUGCAACGGAGAGCCGGUUCGUCCUCCUGACUCGGAUGGUGUGUGUUUCAAGAAGCACUUUGGUUCAAGCUCUGAGUGCUUUUCCGGGCUACCUUGAACAGCUCCCCAGCAGCCCCUGAGUUGAUCGUUAAAGCGUAGCUGCGAUUCCUGCUUGGCACAAGUGCUCGAGGAAAGAGGCCCACUGCAGCUGAGAGCUGUGUUGGCCACUCCAGCGGCCGGUUCACUUGGACGGCAGGGAAGAGCGUUGCCCCUCUGGCGUUCCAGCCAUGGAUGGUUCCAAGAGGCUCUGCUGCCCGUGUGUCUCUGCCCAGUGAAUAGAGGGGAAAGGCGCUCUCUCGCCAUGGCUUGGGUCCAUGCUUGGAGCAGGCCUCCAGGAAUCAGCGGGGCUAAUGAGUCAUGCCUGGGGGAAGUUCCAUUGAAUUGAAUGGAUCUGCUCUUGCUCUCCACAAACUGCUGCCCUCCAGAUGUUUUGGGAUCGUAAUGGGCAACAUUCCUGACAGCCAUGUUGACUGGCAUUGAUUUUGGGGGAUGGAUGUUGAAGUCCAUAACAUCUUGAGGGUGUGAAGUGGGGGGGGGGGGUUGGUCUGCUCUGAGCCAGUUAAAGGGUACAAUAGUGUGCAUAUUUUGGCAGGAAGCCCAAGGGCGCCCAGAAUCGCCCAGCCAGGCCUGCCAGCGGAGCAUUUCUUCCCAUCUGAGCCCAGCCUGUCAGUUUCUACUUGCUCUGGUCCAAGCAAUCAAAGAGUGUUAUCUUUUAAAGUUCAUUUUUUAAAAAGAUUUCUGCAAAGAAUGGAAAGCUAUUUUCAAAUAUAUGUGAAGAACUAAUAUAAAAGCCAUGUUUUAUGUAUAUUUUUAAGUAAAAUAUUGUUUCCAAAACCUC